AUGGCCAUAGACCAAGAGGAAGGCGUCGAGACAGGCUCUGUGGAGAAAGACCUUGAUAGAACCGAUCCAGACUCUCCCUCAGAUGCAGAGUCACCCCUUCCCAGCAGAACGCACACAGCCAUCACGAAGGAACCCGACAUAACAACCACCGCAGCACCACCUUCAAACACCGAAGACAUCCUCAAACUGCCCCACCGCGGCCGUCAAGAAUCACACGCAACCCGCGCAACCUCGCACUCUUCCCGCUCGUCCCAGGACUCCCAACGCACAGUCUCCGAAAACCACUACGACCACCAAAUUCCACCCCAUCACACUCGCUCACGUAGCUGCGCCCAAUCCAGCGCCCCUUCAGUGCGCCCAACCGCCAUCAAAGUCCCCAAAUCCGAGCGCCGCGGCCUCCUCGCCCGGUUCUGCGUGAUUGACGAAGUAACCAACGCCUGGGACUACACGAAGCGCAUGAAAUGGAUUGUCACAGCAAUCGUCGCGUUAGCAGGUGCAGCCGCACCCAUGGGUUCCUCCAUCGUGCUGCCGGCGCUUAUCGAUAUUGCUGCGGACUUCAACAGUACAGCCACGAUAGUAAAUUUGAGCGUGGCGAUGUACAUGCUGUCCAUGUCAAUUUUUCCGUUAUGGUGGAGUUCUUUUAGCGAGACGCUGGGGCGGAGGACGAUUUACGUUGUCAGUUUCUUCUUGUUCUUGGUUUUCAACAUUCUGGGGGCGGUCAGUACGAGUAUUGGGAUGUUUGUGGUUAUGAGGGUACUGAGUGGUGGAGCGGCGGCGAGUGUGCAGGCUGUUGGCGCGGGGACCAUUGCAGAUGUGUGGGAGACGAAGGAGAGGGGCAGAGCCAUGGGAAUGUUCUAUCUGGGACCGCUGUGCGGACCUCUUCUCUCGCCAAUCCUGGGUGGUGUACUGGCGCAAACGCUGGGUUGGAGAUCUGCCCAGUGGUUCCUGGCCAUAUUCGCUGGUCUUUUAUGGAUCUUCGUCGUUCUUUGCUUGCCAGAGACCUUGCGGAAGCGCAGAUCCCUAGCAGCUGAGGCCGAGCAACAAGCUGCCAUGGCCGAGGAAGUUUUCGAUGAGAAGGGCAACCCGAGACCUACGCUGAAUCGGACGACUACGACACAAUCAGUGCACAUCAAGACGAAGAAGUAUCUGGUGAUGGCGAGGCGAGUCUUCAUUGAUCCACUCCGGAUCGUGCUCUAUCUGCAAUUUCCUGCCGUGGCGAUCUUGGUGUUGUACGCGUCAGUGGCAUUCGGUGCACUGUACAUCCUUAAUGUCAGCGUGCAACAGACCUUCUCGGCGGCUCCUUAUCACUACGGCAGUAUCAUUGUCGGUUGCCUUUACAUACCAAACAGCGCGGGCUACUUCCUCUCGAGCGUGUUCGGCGGCAGGUGGGUCGAUCGCAUCAUGCAUCGCGAAGCUAGAAAAGCCGGUCGUUACGACGAAAAAGGGCGGCUGCAAUUCAUUCCGGAAGACAGGAUGAAAGAAAACGCGUGGUUGGGCGCUAUCGUCUUUCCGUGUGCUCUGUUCGCUUACGGUUGGUUUGCAGAGAAGGGGAUCAAUGUUGCUGCGCCAUUGGUAGCAAACUUCUUCUUUGGCAUAGGAUCGAUGCUGAUCUUCGCGCUGGUGACGACCAUGCUCACGGAGUUCAUGCCAAGGAAAGCUUCGAGUGGCAUAGCCCUCAACAACUUCGUGAGGAACAUCUUCUCCUGCGUAGGAUCAGUAGUGACCGAGCCACUGAUAGUUGCCAUCGGCAAUAGAUGGCUCUUCCUAGGACUGGGAGUCGUAGCGAUCGUGGCUGGAUGUCUCACCAUUUGGGCCAUGAAGCGAUUUGGUCCACAAUGGAGGAUAUCAAUGGAUAAGCGCAUCGAAAAGGCGAUGGGCGAUUGA